AAACAAAUUAUUUUUUUAGUCAAAUUUCAUUCAAGUAUCUCUUCUCUCUUUCACUGUGUGAAAAGACAAAUUGGGAAAAAAAAGAGACCAAAAUCUAGGGUUAUCAUCUUCUUCCUCCCCAAUUUCUCCAUCUUCUUUCAAAAUCUGGAGUUCAAGUUGAAUCAAUUGAAGCUGCUUUCAAUCAAACAAAAAGAUGAUGAAUUCCAGGAGUAAUUAAGAGCAGAAAACAGUGGUAGGUCAUUCAUUCAUUGACUCAACUUGUUGAUUUUACUACUUGAUAUUCAUUCUUGUUGAUUAGACUUAGAAAUUGAGAUAGAUUUGUUGAGAAUGGAUGAUGAUAGGAACAGUAGAUAUAAUGAACAUUUGGGGGUGAAUAAAUUGGGUAAAAACAUCAGGAAAUCUCCAUUACAUCAACCAAACUUUGCAAACAGCAACACCACCAACAAUAAGCCACAACCGCCACAGCCACAUGUUUAUAACAUCAGUAAGAAUGAUUUUAGAAACAUAGUUCAGCAAUUAACUGGUUCGCCGUCACAGAAUCAACCACAACCACCACCACCUAGACCGACUAAUAGUCUUCCGAAACAGGCAAGUAAUCGUUUACAGAAGAUACGUCCACCACCAUUGAGUCCGAUUAAUCGACCACCACCACCUCAGAUUCAUAAUCAGGCUCCACAACCACAUCAGCUUCAGCCUCAGGGACAGGGUCCUCCAUUUAAUGGUGGUGGUGCUAAUUUUGGUAGACCUGGUGGUGGGCAAUUUGGUCAACAGCCUGCUGGGGAUGCAAAUUGGGGGGGGAAUGUUGUUGCUGAGUCUCCAAUUUCAGCUUAUAUGCGGUAUUUACAGAAUUCCAUGCUUAGUCCUAGAUUUCCACAACCUCCUCCUCCUCAACAACAACCUCAACCUCCUCAACAACAGCCACAACCUCCUCAACCACAUACUCAACUUCAACCUGGUUUACUUCCUACACCACCACCUGUACCUCCUCCAUUUCCAUCUCCAACAGGGGCUGCUCCAGCGCUGUUGCCUGCUCCUCCUCCUUUUCCAUCUCCAAGAGGAGGGUCUGGUCCUGCGCUUUUGCCGUCUCCAACUUCUCAAUUCUUGUUGCCCUCGCCAACCUCACAAUUCUUGUUGCCUUCACCAAGUGCAUACAUGAGCUUUUUGUCUCCGCGUUCUUCAUUUCCUCCUGUAUCACCUGGAUUUCCUCCUCUAACUCCAACUUUCUUUUCACAAUUUUCUCACCCGGGGGUUCUGGGUCCUGGGCCACAAACACCAAAUUCUCCUGGUUUUUUUUUCCCACCGUCCCCUUCAGGAUAUUUCCCUAUGAACAGUCCUAGAUGGAGAGAUCAAUAGCCCCGCUUGAUGUAGGGUGUGUGUGUGCUUGUAUCUCUGCCUGUAUCUUCUUGUUGUGGGUUUCUUUGGGUCAUAAAAGAAGUCUUUGUCUGAAGCAAGCUGAUGGUGAAAAUUGAAGAUCUUCACAUUGGGUACAGCUGAAACAAGAGAAGUGGAAGAUAGGAUAUUAGACAUGUCAACUUAGUUUGUAGACUAAAUCAGGUACAUGAAUUUGUUGUAUUUCGUAUUGGUAAGUAGUAAUUUUCUUUUGUUAGAUUGUGAUUCAAUUCUUUCUAAGUUUCCUGCUCACAGGGGAAGUCUUUGAGCUUUUGACCUUACAUAUGUACCAUGUUAUUCAUAACAACAAAGAGUAAAGAAAUUUAAUCUCAAUUCACUGUCA